AUGGAUAAUUCAGAAGAUGAAGAUAGACCUCCACCUGUACCAUUACUUGGAUCUUCAGGUGUUUCACUUGAAGCAAUUGGAGCUUACAAUAUUACAAUGUUUUUUCUUGGAUCUAUAUCAUUCAUUUUUAAUUCAAUGGAAUGUUAUAUAAAUAUUAAAAAUAAACUUUAUAAUCAAUCACUUUAUAAUUGUUUACGUUUAUAUUCAAAUUUUGGUGGUUUAAUUCUUGGAGGUCGCCAUAUACUAAUGUCAUUGAUAAAUUUUUCACCUCUUGGAAAUCAUCCUUUAAUGUUUUCAAAAGAAGUUUGUAAAUAUAGAGGAAUUUUUGAUAUAUUUGUUGUUCAUUUAUUUCAAGUUUCAUAUUGUUUAGAAUGUUUUAUAUUUGCAAUAUCAAUUAUAUUUCCUCUAUUUUAUAUGAUAUAUUUAGAUAGAAUAAUUAUUAAAAAACUUAUUGCUAUUUAUAUUGUUAUAUCAUCAACAUUACCUGGAACAUUAUUACUUACCAAAGAUCCAUCAAUACCAAAAGCACUUCCUAGAUGUAUUGUUUAUGAGAUAUGGACAAGAGCAUUUCAUUAUUAUCAUUGGAUAUUUACAACACUAAUGACAUUAACAUUAUUUAUUAUAUUUUUUGUAACAACAAUAUCAAUGAAUAAAUUAACUAAAAAAAGAGAUGAAGAGGCUAGGAGAAAUGUUUGUAGUUUUAUUAGAUGGACAUUAGUAUUUUUUUUAUUUUUUUGGAGUGGACCAAAUUUUUUUAUGAUUAUAACAAAAUUUUUUGAUCUUGAAAGAGAGAUAAGAAAAACAUUUUUGGAUUUAUUUUAUAUUUCGGUUACUGUCUCACAAAUAAUACCAUUUCCUUUUGCAAUAUGGAAAAAUAAAAUAAUUAAAAAACAUUUCUUUGAGCUUAAUUUUGUUAGAAAAAUGACAUCACAAAGAAGUUUAACAAAGAUCAAAGUAAUUAAGACAUAA